AUGGACGACGUAAAUUCUACGGAAGACAAGACGAUUGUAGUGGCAGAUGAGUUGCCCGAACCACCGACGAGUAUGAGCAAGCGUCAAUUGAAAAGAUUGCAGAAGAGGAAGAAGUGGCUGGAGCAAAGGAGCGAGAAGAGGUUACGGGAAAGGAUUAAAGCGAGGGAGAAGCGCGCGUACGCGCGUGCGAAUAACUUGAGCCUAGGUCCGUCCAGAAAAUUUUUAAAGAGAAGCACUAUGGCAGCGAGUGCCUGCACGCUCACGGUAACCAUCGACUUGUCAUUCGAUGAGCUAAUGAUCGAUAAGGAUAUCGCCAAGCUAACGAAACAGAUAUUAAGGUGCUAUACUUUGAAUAGAAGAGCCGCCGCACCCAUGCAAUUUUCCCUCACUGGUUUCACCGGUAAAUCGCGAGCCAGCAUGGAGAAGCACAUUGGAUAUGAGCACUGGGACGUGAGCUUUCAUGCGGAGUCAUACAUAAACGUUUAUCCCAAAGACAAAAUCAUAUACUUAACGAGUGAAUCGAAAAACGUGAUAGAACGUCUGGAACACGAUUGCGUAUACGUUAUAGGUGGUCUUGUUGAUCACAACGCACAUAAGGGUAUGUGCCACAAAUUAGCAGUAGAGGCAGGUGUCAGGCACGGCCGACUACCAUUAGACAAGUUCCUGCAGAUGGAAGCAAGAAAAGUGUUGACCAUUGAUCACGUCUUCGAGAUACUGCUCAAAAUCUCUGAGGGCGAUACUUGGCAAGAAGUGUUUCUGAAAGUGUUGCCGGAAAGGAAGAACGCACGACCGAUCGUUCCUAUACAAUCCAAAGAGGAUGAAUUGCAAGAUCUGAAACCUGAUGUAAAUAGUGCAGUGCCGAUUGAUAUAAGCAAUACAGUACCAGUUGAUGUAAAUAAUACCGUGUCAAUUGAUGUAAAUAAUACAGUGUCGAUUGAUGUAAAUAAUACAGUGACGAUUGUAAAAGAUGCUUGCAAUGAGGAGAGCGAUAGCAGACCUGAAUGUAACGCGGACUCGAAGGAAAUCGUAAAUGAGAAUUCAUGUGUAACGUAAAUCCCCGCGAACAGUGAUACAAUUAAUACCAAAAACGCAAGUAAAUCGUGUGAGAAUUCGCGACGUGCAAAAGGGAAAAAAAUUUUUGAAAAAUGUGUAUAUAUAUAUAUAUAAUAUUUAUACAAAAAAUCAAAAUAUAGGACAUUUAAUGAAUGAGAUUUUUUAUCCAAAUAUAAAUUAUAAUCUUAAUAACA